AUGGGUCUCGUAAAGAUUUCCUUGUCUCUCUUUUGUAUCUUCUGUAUCACUAUCCUUCCUUCGUCUCUCGCUCAAGACUCCCCUCAAGACUAUGUUGAUGCUCACAAUAUUGCUCGUUCUCAAGUGAGCGCUGUCCAAGUUGGCAUCAAACCCAUCCAGUGGGAUGAAGAACUUGCAAACUACGCUACCCAAUAUGCCAAUGAACGUAGCAACGACUGUCAAUUGUUGCACUCUAAUGGGCCUUAUGGCGAGAAUCUUGCAAUGCAUUCUAGUGGAAUGACAGGCAUUGAAGCAGUUCAAAUGUGGGUGGAUGAGCAACAAUUCUACGAUUAUGCCUCCAACACCUGCACGGAAGGAAAAAUGUGCGGCCACUACACUCAAGUUAAACGUCGACGAAAAAACUGGCUGAAGAAAAAUUUCUUCCAACGAAAAAACAGCUGA